CAACCCUUUAAUGUACGAAAAAGAAAAAGAAACAAUAGAGAUUGGCAUCAUUGGUGCAGGUGGAAUGGGUCGUUUUUAUGCACAACGACUUGCUAAAGCUGGCUGGAAAAAAGUGAACGUAUGCGACUUACCCGAGAAAUAUGAGCAACUAAAGAAAGACUUUGAAGGCACCAAUAUCCAUGUUUUACCUGAUGGUUUUCAUAUUUCUAGAAAAUGUGAUUGGAUUAUGUAUGCAGUUGAAGCAGAAUACAUUGAUUCAGUGGUGAAAACAUUUGGUCCAGCAACAAAGAUGGGAGCUAUCGUGAGCGGUCAGACUUCGGUCAAAAAACCUGAAAUAGAAGCAUUUGAGAAGUAUGUACCAGAAGAUGUUCAUAUUAUUUCCUGUCAUUCAAUGCAUGGUCCAGCUGUGGAUCCAAAAGGACAGCCAUUGAUUGUGAUCAAACACCGUGCAAGCGAAGAGAAAGUUGAACUGGUUCUCAAAAUUCUCUCUUGCUUUGAAUCAAAUAUUGUCCAUCUUAGUGCUGAAGAACAUGACCGUAUCACUGCAGACACACAAGCUGUCACACAUGCUGCAUUCCUAAGUAUGGGCAGUGCCUGGAGAGAAAAUUCACAGUUUCCUUGGCAUAUACCUCACUUUGUUGGAGGCAUAGAAAAUGUAAAAGUCAAUGUAGCCUUGCGUAUCUAUAGUAACAAGUGGCACGUCUAUGCUGGGCUUGCUAUUAUGAAUCCGAUCGCAAAAGUUCAGAUAACACAAUACGCAAAGAGUGUAGCAGACCUAUUCAAGUUGAUGAUUCAAGAAAAGGAACAAGAGUUCCGCGCUAGAAUAAAACAGGCAAGAGAUUUUGUGUUUGGUGGCCUUCAAAAGGACCAUGUACCUAUUUUAUUAGAUGAUCGACUCUUGGAUGAGUUUUCACUUUCAAAGAUUCCCAAAGAAAACCGUCAACGUAAUUCCCAUCUCUCUUUACUUGCCAUGGUUGAUUGUUGGUAUGAGUUAGGCUUAAACCCUUAUGAACACAUGGUCUGUCAAACGCCCUUGUUUCGACUUUGGAUGGGAAUAACAGAAUAUCUAUUUCGUAAUCCAGCCAUGCUUGAAGAAGCAAUUCAAGCAGCAUUGUAUCGUAAAGAGAUUAGAUCAGAUGAUAUGGAGUUUGUGACAUGCGCUAGAGGCUGGGCAGAAGCAGUAUCACUAGGAAGUAUGGAAGGCUAUCAAAAACGAUUUGAGCAAACAGCCGACUUCUUUAGAGAUCAGUUUGCUGAAAGUACCAUUGUUGGUAAUAGAAUGAUUGCGAUGAUAUCAAAAAAUAUGUCUCAGUAAUAAUAAUAAUAAUAAAAAAGACACUGAUAAAUACAUUGGGUUUUAGUUUCAUUGAUAUAUG